AUGGAAGUCAAAUUGAUGUGUUCCUCAUGAGAGCUAAAGUUGUGCCUAAUGCAAAAGUUCAAAUUUGAGAGACAGAUUGAUCAAGUUCAUGGAACAUCACAUAUACCCAAGGGAAAAGGAAUUCUACAAACUGGCUCAGUCUACCAUGCGUUGGACAGUUCACCCAGACGAGGAGAAGUUAAAAGAACUGGCAAAAAUGGAAGGCCUCUGGAACUUGUUUAUACCUCUUGACAGUGCAACUCGUGCCAGAAAACUUAUUUUUGAAGAAAAAAAUCAUGCUCCAUCUGAGAAGGGAUAUGAUUGCUUAUUGGGUGCAGGACUAUCCAAUCUGGAAUAUGGGUACCUCUGUGAACUAAUGGGUCGUUCGGUUUGGGCACCACAGGUUUUCAACUGUGGAGCACCUGAUACUGGAAAUAUGGAGGUAUUGCUUCGCUACGGCAAUGCAGAACAGAUGAAGGACUGGCUUGUUCCUUUGCUUGAGGGAAAGAUACGAUCUGGAUUUGCAAUGACGGAACCACAAGUUGCCUCUUCAGAUGCAACCAAUAUACAAUGCUCCAUAAAAAGAAGAGAUGUCAUGGAGCACAGCAGGGCUUGGGUGUCCAAGACGGCGGUGUCAUGUUGGGAGGUCGACUUUGGAGAGGUGAAGUUGUGCUGGGGGGGCAGGCUUGAGAGAGUGGGUAGAGGUGUCUGUCACUACUGGAUCGAUGAAUCACGGCUCCCGUCAGCCUUGAAGAACUUGGAGGACAAGGGCGUGUUCGGUCACCGGAGCAUCGACGUCGUCAAGAUAGUCAGCAAGCGGCGCGGCGGUGGGGCUGUUGGCGAGGACGAGAUCGGAGACCUCGUCGGAGACGGUGGACAAGAUCCACCCUUGUUUGGGGAUUCGUAUAUCUUUAAUGGAAAGAAGUGGUGGACUAGUGGGGCCAUGGAUCCAAGGUGCAAGCUUCUCAUUGUUAUGGGGAAAACUGAUCCAACUGCUCCAUUGCAUAAGCAGCAGUCUAUGAUUUUAGUAGAUAUUAACACCCCAGGUAUAACAAUAAAGCGGCCACUGGCAGUGUUUGGUUUUGAUGAUGCACCACAUGGGCAUGCAGAAAUAUUGUUUGAGAAUGUACGUGUCUCAGACAAGAACAUUCUCCUUGGAGAGGGGCGUGGGUUUGAGAUUGCACAGGGGAGGCUGGGUCCGGGAAGACUGCAUCAUUGCAUGAGGUUAAUAGGUGCAGCUGAACGUGGCAUGCAAAUGAUGGUUCAGAGGGCUACUGAAAGAAUAACUUUUGGAAAAUUUAUCAUGGAACAUGGUUCAUUCCGGUCUGAUGUUGCUAGAUGCCGAAUAGAGCUGGAGAAAACCAGAUUGCUAGUUCUGGAAGCUGCUGACAAGCUUGAUAGGCUAGGUAACAAGGAGGCUCGUGGUACCAUAGCAAUGGCAAAGGUAGCCGCUCCCGAAAUGGCACUGAAGGUACUUGACAUGGCGAUUCAAGUGCACGGAGCUGCUGGGUUGUCAGGGGACACCGUUCUGGCACAUCUCUGGGCCUCGGCAAGGACGCUCAGGAUAGCCGAUGGUCCAGACGAAGUCCACUUAGGGACCAUUGCAAAGUUAGAGCUACGAAGACCCAAACUCUGAUACACGUCCUCCUCAAUCUCACGGUCGAAGACAGAUGCAUUAUUACUGAAGUAAAAAUAUUUUCAUUACUGAAGAACAUCAAGGUUUAAAGCAUAUUUAUACUCUGUGUGAUAUUUAUAAGAAAAAUAAGUGUACUCCUUGAAAAUACAUGCAUUUCAAGGAUAUAUAUAUAUAUAUGCAUUAAUAAUGCCUUUCAAAUAAGGGUAUGACUAAAUC